AUGAUCCAUACAACUCCUCCUUACGUCAGUAACUCUUACACCUCCCUUAGCACGAACGCACAGUUGAAUACACCUUCGGUUACUUCACCCUCGCUGAACUUGGGUUCUGUGUCCGCAGACAAGGCAACUACAAUGACGAGUGAAAUGUUACUGGCAAAGUACGGGCCCCCCGGUCCGACUAUCGUUCCGCAAAAUCUCGCCAAGCAAUCACUGCCUGCUCCCACAAACCCUGUAACAAAAUCCGCACCAACGCCUUUUCCUGCCUGGCUACAUUCAAGCACCCAUCCGGAUGAUGGCAAAAAAGAGGCUUUGAUAAGCGUGGCAAACGCACCGUCUUCAAGUGUCAACGCAGCGUCAACCGCACUGGGAACAAGUGUAUCCACGCCCUCGAUUGUGUCACGGUCGGAAUCAGGACAUCCGCCACCGUUAUCGUCAUAUCCGAGCGUUCCAGUGGCAGUUCCGGUGGAUUUUUCGCGCGCAUCACAACAACAAGCACCACCUCCCACAACAAUAGGCCUAGAACCCCGGCUCAGUGGACCUCCAUAUACGCCCCCUCCACCGGCUGUGCCUGUGGGCCCAUCAUACAGCAGUGGGGUGGUGUUGGCUGCGACGGGAGUUCCCCACGCGGCAUUACCGGUUGUGAAGCGGGUGAAACCGAGCAGAAGUAGCGGGAGCUCCUCUUUUGAGAGAAGUACAUCUUCAAGUAGCUCGUAA